GCGUAUAAUCUUCUUGUUUUCUUCGUUUUGUGGAGGGAGAUCAACAGGAAAAAGAAGCUGGAGUAUAAUCUUUGAACAAUAAUGUUCCCUUUACACCAAAGCGAUGAGUUGUUGUACCAGAUCUUCGCUACUACUAACCAACACAAGAUCCCACAAGAUCCGAUAACGGGUCAUACUGAAGAGGAAGCCAACCCUAUGGCGAAAACCUGGCCUCUGAAAUCUUGUCAUAUGGGGGCUAGCGGUGGCGGUGGUGGUUGUGAAGGGUUAGCCGCUUGUGAUAAAUAUAAGAAACAGAAGCUGCAUAGGGAGACUGAACGACAAAGGAGACAAGAUGUGGCCUCCCUUUAUGCUUCGCUCCGGUCACUUCUCCCCGGUGAUUACAUCAAGGGAAAGCGGUCGAUGUCGGAUCAUAUGAACGAGGCGGUGAACUACAUAAAACACUUGGAGAAGAAGGUCAAAGAGAUUGAUGCUAAGAGACAUGUACUAAAGAGAGUGUCUGGUUCUGCAAGUGCAGGGUCGGGAAAAACCAGACCUGCUUCAAACUAUUGCUUCAUAAUCCGGCAAAGCUUCAUCGGCAUUGAGAUCAUGUUUCGUUGUGCCUUUGACGACCGAGACUUGUACCUUUCAACAGUACUGUCUGUACUUAUUGAUGAAGGGCUGCCUGUUGCAAGCUGUGUUUCCACAAAAUCUGGAGAGUAUUUACUACAUACCAUCCAAACCGAGGUCAAGGAUCCAACAAGCAUCAGUAUAUCCAGGCUGCAAAAGAAACUAAACCCCAAGACUAGUGAAGUGACAAAAUAACCUUGUACUUUACGGUUUGAAUUUUGAUAGAU